AAUGAUUAGCUCUGAUAUACGAGGGAAAGGAGGGAGACAAGGGGAGCGAAUCUCGAGGUUGUCCAAACCAUAUCGGAGCCAUUCUUCUCGUCUUUCACGAUCUUCCAUCACGCCAAUGAAAAAGAAAUCACGUUUCUUUUUUUAUUGUAGUAUAUAUUUAUUUUUAUUAUUUCCCUUCUUGCGUAUAGAAAGAUUAAAUAAAAUAUAGAGGGGUAGUAAGCAGCUAGCAGGUAGGCGUUUGACUCCAGGACAUGAAGACAACACCCGAAUCCAAUUAGUCCUUUUAUCGGCCCCCUUUCCUUUACUCCUGUCAGAAAAAGUAGGGCAGUGUUCGGUUGGCUUCCUCAUCGGUACAGAAAGUAACAUGGCGGCCAUUUUGUUCCGUACCUUUUUAGUAAUAUUUUGGGUGCGUUUAACUCAAGCUACUGAUACUCUUCUUUCUCCAAAAGGUGUUAACUAUGAAGUGGCAGCAUUGAUGGCUGUGAAGAGAGAAAUGAGAGAUGAGAUAGGUGCAAUGAAUGGUUGGGAUUUGAACUCUGUUGAUCCUUGCACUUGGAAUAUGAUUAGUUGCUCUACUGAAGGCUUCGUCAUCUCCCUUGAAAUGGCAAGUGUGGGAUUAUCAGGAACUCUUUCGCCUAGCAUUGGGAAUUUGAUUCACCUAAGGACAAUGCUAUUGCAGAACAAUCAUUUAUCUGGUCCCAUUCCAGAAGAGAUAGGAAAGCUUUCAGAGCUUCAAACGCUUGACCUCUCAGGUAACCAGUUCGGUGGUGGUAUUCCGAGCUCUUUGGGCUUUCUGACCCAUCUAAGUUACUUGCGACUCAGCAAAAACAAUUUAUCUGGACAGAUUCCAAGACUGGUGGCCAGUCUUACUGGACUUUCAUUCUUGGAUUUAUCAUUUAACAAUCUUAGUGGUCCAACUCCAAAAAUAUUAGCUAAAGGUUACAGUAUUACAGGGAAUAGCUAUCUUUGCACUUCCUCACAUGCACAAAAUUGCAUGGGUAUCUCUAAGCCCGUGAACGCAGAGACAGUUUCAUCUGAGCAAGCCAGCAGUCAUCAUCGGUGGGUGCUCUCUGUUGCCAUAGGUAUCAGCUCCACCUUUGUGAUUUCUGUAAUGCUGCUUGUCUGUUGGGUGCAUUGUUAUAGAUCUCGUCUACUCUUCACAUCAUAUGUGCAGCAAGAUUAUGAAUUUGAUAUUGGUCAUUUGAAGAGGUUUUCGUUCCGUGAACUACAAAUUGCUACAAGCAACUUUAGUCCGAAAAAUAUCUUAGGGCAAGGUGGAUAUGGAGUGGUUUACAAAGGAUGUCUCCCAAAUAAAACCUUCAUUGCAGUUAAAAGGCUGAAGGAUCCAAGUUUUGCUGGAGAAGUGCAGUUUCAAACUGAAGUGGAAAUGAUUGGCUUGGCUCUACAUCGAAACCUCUUAAGUCUACAUGGAUUCUGUAUGACACCUGAUGAGAGGUUGCUUGUUUAUCCUUACAUGCCAAAUGGCAGUGUUGCUGACCGCCUGAGAGAGACUUGUCGAGAAAAACCAUCUUUGGAUUGGAACAGACGGAUACACGUUGCCCUUGGGGCUGCUCGUGGACUUCUAUACUUGCAUGAACAAUGCAAUCCAAAGAUAAUUCACAGGGAUGUUAAAGCUGCAAACAUUUUGCUUGAUGAAGGUUUUGAAGCUGUAGUUGGGGAUUUCGGUCUUGCUAAGUUGUUGGAUCUUAGAGAUUCACAUGUCACUACUGCAGUGCGGGGGACUGUAGGACACAUUGCACCUGAGUAUCUUUCAACUGGGCAAUCAUCUGAGAAAACUGAUGUUUUUGGAUUUGGCAUACUACUUUUGGAACUCAUAACAGGGCAAAAGGCAUUAGAUGCUGGAAAUGGUCAAGUUCAGAAGAGAAUGAUUCUUGACUGGGUUAGAACUUUGAAUGAGGAGAAGAGGUUGGAAGUGCUAGUGGAUAGGGAUCUGAAGGGGUGUUUUGAUGCGUUGGAGCUGGAAAAAGCUGUGGAGCUGGCUCUGAAGUGUACUCAGUCACAUCCUAACCUUCGGCCAAAGAUGUCAGAAGUCUUGAAGGUCCUGGAAGGUCUUGUUGGGCAGUCAGCUAUGGAAGAAUCACAAGGAGCACCUAAUAUUGGUGAGGUAAGGGCAUGCAGUUUCUCGAGGCAUGAUAGAGAUGUUCAUGAGGAAUCUUCUUUCAUCAUUGAAGCAAUGGAGCUUUCGGGACCUCGGUGACCAAGAUAUGCUCAUGUCCAAUUCGAAAGUUUAAACAUAGGUGGGUUCAUCCUCGUACUUGAUUCUCUACAGAAGAUGUGAAAGGUGAUCCACUAAUGGUUCCAGAAGUCUUAUGUUUAUCCUAUCAUGGAAAUACUGCACCUCGUGAUUAUCAUGGACAGAAACUUCAAACAAUACACUCCUAAUUGUCUUCAGAGCCAUUAAUUUUCAUGAAGAGCACGCCUCCAGCUAACAUCCACACACAUGGCAUGCAAAUACAACUUCCACUCUGCUAGAAAUGACAAAUCAAGUGGCAUCCACUCUGCUGAUGAUCCUUACCAAGGACUCACGCCCUCCUUAUAAAUCCCACCAGACGACUUGAUUAAUGACUAGCUGUCAAUGCACAUGCCAUCUCUACAAUUUGCUGCUAGACCAAUGGCUUGUCCUCAUAAUUGAAGGCUGCUACGUGUACAACCUGGCUGGCACUUAUCAGUAGGCCCUACUGUCAUUUGCUUAUGGUGAAGGGAAUCUGAUCAUCUUCGUGCACAAGUAGGGAGGGGGUCAGUUAAGAUUUCACAUGCUGAAAUGAAUAUCACUCAGUCGUAGCAUUGAAAGGGAAUAGACAUGGUAAUUAUUUAGAUUAUGACCUCGAACGCCCCAAGUAUCACUCAAGUUUUUUCCUGGUUCUGCCCUCUACUUUAAUCAUGUCGAUGGUUAGUACCCAUGGUUUCACCUUUGGACUUUCAAGCAAUGGUUGGUCCUUCAAUCGCGCAGAUCCUUGACAACAGAGGGUCCAGAACCUUAAAGGUUGGAAGCUAAUUAGGUGGUAACUUCCAGAACUCAAGUAUACCUACCCUAGGUGAACAUUAACUCAUUUAUUUAGUUAUGUAAACAGCAGUAGCAAAUGAGAGAGGACUUCUGUUCUUGAUUCGUUUCCAGCAUCAGUUCUUUAUUAAAAUAAAAGAAAAGAACAAAAGAGAGGGUGGCAAAUGGCAUGCACGUAAAGAAUAUUUCGAUGCUCUCCGUGGAAGAAACCUGGGAGUGAGUGUGAUGCUGAUACCAACUCCUGUAAGCAGGACAGCAUCUAUGGAAAACGAUGGCAAGCUUUUCAUCACCUGAGCAUCCCUGGCCGCCUCAGUUUUUGGUUCUUCGAUUUCUCAAGACAGCAGCUUCCUCGCUUUGCCCCUUCAAAACGUUACGUUUGGAUUCAUACGCUCAGACAUAAUAUUAAUUCUUUGCGUGUCUUCUGUUGUUUCCAAUCUUUGUCAUUUAUUUUUGCUAAAUUCAAAUUACAUGAAAGAUUAUAUCAUUUACGUUUCUGUUA